AUGCCAUGCCUGAAUAUGCGACUUUUUGAUUUUAUUGUCGAAUGCAAGAAAGCACAACCAAAAGAGGUGAUGUUGCCGGCCAACCUCGCCAAGACACGUGCCGCCGGUCGUGGCGCUUACGGUGAGUUGCUCGUGCUGAAUCCGGCGGCAGCAGCCGCGGCUGCCGCCACAUCUGCCGUAUCCGCACUCCGCUACGCCCCGUAUCCUUUGCCGCAUGGUGUGGCAACGUUGCCCGCUGCUACGGUUCACCACGCGCCAUCGGCAACAUUGCCGUUGGCGGCUAUAGCCGUAGCUCCGGCGACUACGCCUCUGCACUACGCGACACACACGCUCUACGAUGUGACCGGGUGUUUCCCAGCCGCCGCUUACGCAGCAUAUGCGGCCGGGCGUGGGUACUCGGGCUACCCUAGUUUCGGACUGCCCUAUCCCACAGUCAUGAACAAUUACCAAGCUGCUGCUGCAGCCCAGGGCUUUGGUCCGCCAGCAUCUCCUCAUGCAGCUGCCGCUGCAGCUGCCCAGGGAGCUCAACGGGCGUUCCCAGCUGCAUCUAGCCCAGGUCCAGCUUUGGACAUGUACAACAGCAGCGGCGCUGGUCCUGGCGAUAGCGUUGGCUACGUACAGGCUGCCAGUCCCCAGCCGUCCAGCUUUCCGGCUAUCGCCGUCAGUCGGGCGCCACUAAACUACAGUCCGGUGAGUCUUAAAGUGGAAAAUCUCCGGCUGAAAAUGCUAGGAAGAAGAAUGAGAAUUCCACUGGAUUUGUUACUUCCUCCAAAAAAUACCCAGAUUAAUAAAAUUUCAAACAAAUUUAAAGAAAAAAAUUUGAUUUAUGCUAAAAUUUACAAAAAUAACAAGUUCCGGAUUCCUGCAAAAAUCAUAGAACUAGUUGGCAAUGUGAUAUGCCAUACUAAUCAAAUUAAAAGAAGAUAUGUUAAAGAACCAAAUCAAAGUUUUCCGAUCCCAUUACAUUUUUUAAUAGAAGAGUUCAAUUUGCAAGACAACGUAGAACAAAGCUCAGAUCAGUGUUUCGAUGAAGAAGUUAUCAUUGAAAAUAUACCAGAUAAUAACAAUUCAAUAGAAUUCACAACAGAUAAUACAAAUACUGAGGAAAUGAUCGACUGUCAAGAACAUAGUGCAAAUACUGUUAGUUCUAAUAAAGCUGUUCUGAAGGAAUAUAAUUCAGAUAGUGAAGUUAGAAGAUCAGGAAGGUUAAGAAGAAGACCUUCGUAUUUAAAAGAUUUUAUUUAA